AUGAUGGUAGCCGGGACUUCGGUCAUCGUGGCAGAGGCUGUUGCCGCCGAGCUCACACGGGUGGAGGAGCGGCUGGAGGAGGAUGCCGACUUCAACCGGCUUGUCGCGCUGCGCAUGCUGCGCCUAGACAUGGCACCGGGGGCGAGCGCCCCCUGGCCGGCCAUCCAGGCCUUCCUCCUGGCGCUCGCAGGCGGGGGCGGCUCUGCACGCCCAUCCUACACCCCUCCUCAGGGGCUCCUCCAGCGCGGAGUGGAUCCGCCCAGCGGACGAGGACCCCUUGCGCCGGCGCAGGAGGCUCAGGGGGCCUCGCGGCUGCUGGUCUCCUCGGAUGACGAGGCUGGAUCUGACGGCGAUGCCGACCACCUCUCCCGCUGGUCCAGCAGCAGCUCUGAGCAUGAAGAGGGGGAGGGGCCAUGCUGCACGCUCGACCACUCUUCAAACCUUGCAGAGGUGGGACGCACCGGCAGCGGCCUCGCCGUGUCCCCCCCAUCCCCGGUGCUCCUGCAGCAGCGCCUGCAGGCGCUCAACCUGACCCGCCGAGCUCAGGGCGUAGGGGAGGGGUCAGGGCGCACAGAGUCGCAGCUGGGACCCCCAGCCAGCUUCAAGGGGUACCCGCCGGAUGCCUGCGUGGUGAGGCUGGCCCUGGCAGGCGCCCCCCCUGGGUCGAGGGGCGCCGUCGACCUGGACCCACGCCUCUGCUUCACCGAGGCGGAGCUCUGCGCCCAGGCGAGUGGCCGCCGCGCCAUGGCUCAGGCAACCCUGCAGGGCGCCAGGCCCGGCGGCCCCGCCUUCUGCGUCAGCCCCGCCAUGGGCGCGCUGGCCGUCGUCCCCGGCGUGCACACCCUGGGCCUGAGCCGGGGGGCCUGCCGCGGGCGCGCCAUGCUCCUGGGCCACGCAGACACGACGCGCAUGCUGCGGACGCUGUUCUGCGCCGGGCUGCGGCCCUACCUGCGCUCCCUCCAGGCCUGGAUGCAGGAGGGCCGGCUGCCGCCCCCCAGCGACGGCUUCUGCGUCGUGCGCGGCGCGGCGCACCCCUUUGGCCCGGAGGCCGGCGCGACGCUGGCGCGGGGGGCCAUCGCCCGGCACGGGUCGUGCGUUCCCGCCUUCCUGGCGCCCGCCGCCGGGGACGUGCUGCGGGGGGGGCGGGCGCGCGCGCUGGUGCGGAUGGCGCCCGGGGGAGGCGUCGAGGAGCCGCACGAUGGGCACGGGACCGGGCAGCACUCGAGGGCCCCGGCCCUGCACCGCACGACCACCCUGGACCGGGUGACGGCGGGGUCGCCCGCCAAGCAGCGGCUGAGCACGCUGGGUGCGCUGGGCGAGGCGGGUGGGCAGGCCGCAAAGGUCACGAGGCGGCCGUCGGGCGCCGUGGUCGGCUGGGUCGGCGAGCAGGAGCCUGACGGGGAAGGGGCGCACGCCGACACCUGGCACCAGGCCGUCCGCUUUGGGCUGGAGCCCGGGACGGGUGCUGCUGCCGGGCUGAUGGGGGGUGCAGGUGCAGCCGAGGGCGCGAAGAAGCUGGGACUGGCGGCGCGGGGGAAGGGCGCUGCGACACCAGGUGUCGGGCGGCCAGGCGCCGAGGCAUCGGACCACGAGGGCGUGGAGUGGGAGGGCGCGGCAGGGCUGGGGCGUGCAGGGGAGCCAGAGGACGCAGGGGAGGACGCAGGGGAGGACGCAGGGGAAGGCGCAGGCGCGAUCCCGGCGCUGCACGGCGCGGCGGAGGCUCCGCGAGAUCUCGGUGCCGCCGAUGUUGGGGCCCGGAUGGCCGCCAGCGCAGCGGCCGGCGUGGUGUCCCUGGGCGUGGACCGCUGCGAGGCGGGGGCCCCUCGAAUCGGCCCUGGAAGCCACGGCCGCAGCGGAACCCUGGGCCAGGCCAAGCAUGUGCCUGCGCCAGGCUCCCCGACGCCUCGCGAACGGCAGAGGCAUGAGUUUGCAGUGGAGGAGUGGGCGUCGUGGUUUACGGCGCUGGAGCAACAGCUCUGCGACGGCGCCAGGCUUGCCGAGGUGGUCGGCGCUGCGGUGGCGCCAGAGCCGGCUGGGGCGGUGGUCGUGGCGCCGGGCCGGGCUCGGGCUCGUGCGAGGGUGCCGCCGAAGGGAGCGGAUGCCGGAACAAACACGGCCACCGCCGACCCCUGCGUGGUGGAGCCGUCCCUGCCUGCCCAUCUGCAGAGGACCCUGCUGUCACGCGUCGCCGCCGAGGCGCGUGAGACCCAGGAGGGGGAGGGCUGUGGGCCCUCUGACCCUGUUGCGUCGGCUUCUCUCGCCAGCGCCAGCCUGUGCGCUGCUAUGCAUGCCGCGGGCGUGCUGGACCAGUUGGCUGCGCUGCAGCGCCUGGCUCAGCCGGGCACGCUGGACGGCUUUGCGGAGCGGCUCUUCCUCCGCAUCAGUUCCUCCCUGGGCUUCAAUGGCCUGAGUGCCUGGGAGCUGGAUGAUAUGCUCCGCGACUCUGUGGAGACCGAAUUCAGCGCCUGCCUGCCCUUUGAACUCACAGCCUGGGUUUGGCCGCUGACCGGGGACAAACCGUUGGCCACCUGGCUGUUGCGCCUGGAGUUUGCCCUGGCCCCGGCCUGGCCCCUGAGCCUGCUGGCCGACGAGGCCCUGACGCGCCAGGUCAGCUCCGCGCUGACUUGGCACCUGCAGCUGUCCUGGGCGCGGCUACUUCGCGACGCCACGCUGGGCGUGGUGAGCUGCGCGCUGCAGUACGCCGCGCUGGCGCACGCCCAGCGCCUCGCUGAGCCGGGCCCAGGGUAUGUGGCAGAGAAUCCUCAGAGCGAGGAAGACUCCCCGCACGACGACCUGGCUGCGCCCAUCUGCGCUGCGCUGGACGCCCUGGAAAGCGAGGCGCGCGCGCGCUUGCGCGCCCUCUUCCGCCUGCUGGGCCUCCGGGCGGCGGAGCCGGGGGCGCACGUGGACACGCUGCGCACGCUGCUGAGCGGCCUGGACUUUAACUGUUAUUACGAGCGCCAGCUGGCGCACGCCUGA